AUGUCAUCCGAUCUUCAUUUUAAUCAAACUUCUCGAGAACAAGUUACUACUGGUGUUGAUGAUUCAAAUGUUUUAAUUGUUAGUCCACUAGAAAAAGAUGAACCAUCUGAUUCUCGUUCUAAAUCAAUUUCUCGAAUACCAUUUGCUGAUGAUAUUCAUGGUUCAAAUGUUUUAAUUGUUAGUCCAUCAGAAAAAGAUGACUCAUCGGCAUCUCGUUCUAAACCAAUUUCUCGAAAACAAUCUGCUGAUGAUAUUCAUGAUUCAAAUCUUAUAAUUGUUAUUCCACCAGUAAAAGAUGAAUCAUCUAAUUGUCAUUCAAAACAACCUUCUCGUAAAUCAAUAAAAAAUUCUCUUAAAGAUGUUUUACUUCUUGUGCCACAAAAAGAAAGUACGACACAUGGUACACGAAAUAUUAAAAAAAAAAGAUGA